AUGGAGUCAUCUCGCGGCCCGCCCAGGGUCAAGAAUAAGGCUGCUGCGCCGAUCCAGAUCUCAGCGGAGCAGCUGCUUCGCGAGGCGGUCGACCGACAGGAGCCUUCGCUGCAGGCGCCGACGCAGCGGUUUGCGGACCUCGAAGAACUACAUGAGUAUCAAGGUCGCAAGAGAAAAGAAUUCGAAGACUAUGUGCGCCGAAACCGGAUUAACAUGAACAACUGGACGCGAUAUGCCGCCUGGGAACUUGAGCAGAAAGAAUUUCGACGAGCACGGUCGAUCUUUGAGCGUGCGCUGGACGUGAACCCGACCUCCGUGGUGUUGUGGAUUCGAUAUAUCGAGUCAGAGAUGCGGAACCGGAAUAUUAACCAUGCGCGGAACUUGCUCGAUCGUGCCGUGACCAUUCUGCCCCGUGUGGAUAAGCUGUGGUACAAGUAUGUCUACAUGGAGGAGACCCUGGGGAAUAUCCCCGGCACCCGCCAGGUCUUUGAGCGGUGGAUGUCGUGGGAACCGGAUGAGGGCGCCUGGAGCGCGUAUAUCAAGCUUGAGAAGAGAUAUAAUGAGUUUGAACGAGCGCGCGGGAUCUUCCAACGGUUCACCAUUGUACACCCCGAACCGAGGAACUGGAUCAAAUGGGCUCGGUUCGAGGAGGAAUAUGGGACCAGUGAUCUGGUGCGAGAGGUAUACGGAGCGGCGGUUGAAACGCUAGGAGAGGAUUUCAUGGAUGAAAAGCUGUUCAUCUCGUAUGCAAAGUUCGAGGCGAAGCUGAAGGAGUACGAACGCGCGCGAGCCAUCUACAAGUAUGCGCUCGAUCGAUUACCGCGGUCCAAGUCCAUGACAUUACACAAGGCGUACACGACCUUUGAGAAGCAGUUCGGUGAUCGGGAAGGUGUUGAGGAUGUGAUCAUUUCCAAACGCCGGGUUCAAUACGAGGAGCAGCUUAAGGAGAACCCGCGGAACUACGACAUUUGGUUCGACUUCGCUCGUUUGGAGGAGACCUCGGGGGACCCCGAGCGGGUCCGCGACAUUUACGAGCGGGCCAUUGCCCAGAUCCCGCCGUCGCAGGAGAAGCGACACUGGCGGCGGUAUAUCUACCUCUGGAUUUUCUACGCGAUCUGGGAGGAAAUGGAAGCGAAGGAUAUCGAGCGGGCCCGUCAGGUCUACAACGAGUGCCUGAAGCUGGUUCCGCACAAGAAGUUCACAUUUGCCAAGUUAUGGCUCAUGAAGGCGCAAUUUGAGGUCCGCCAGAUGGAACUUCCGGCUGCCCGCAAGACUCUGGGCCAGGCGAUAGGCAUGUGCCCCAAGGACAAGCUGUUCCGGGGUUACAUCGACCUGGAACGCCAGCUGUUUGAGUUUGUGCGAUGUCGGACGCUGUUUGAGAAGCAGAUCGAGUGGAACGCGUCCAACAGCCAGUCGUGGAUACAGUACGCAGAACUCGAGCGCGGUUUGGAUGACUCCGAGCGUGCGCGAGGCAUCUACGAGUUGGGCAUUGCACAGCCAACUCUGGAUAUGCCCGAGUUGGUGUGGAAGUCCUAUAUUGACUUUGAAGAGUACGAAGGCGAAUAUGACCGGGUGCGGGAGCUUUACGAACGACUCCUGGAGAAGACCGACCACGUCAAAGUGUGGAUCAACUAUGCGCGGUUUGAGAUCAACGUGCCGGAGGACGAGGACGAGGAAGAGGAGGAAGAAGCGGAGGAGCGACCCAUCAGCGACGAGGCCAAGCGACGUGCUCGGGGGAUCUUCGAACGAGCGCACAAGGUGUUCAAGGACAAGGAGCUCAAGGAAGAGCGUGUGGAACUCCUCAACGCCUGGCGAUCGUUCGAGCACACGCAUGGAUCGCCCGAGGAUAUCGAAAAGAUCGAGAAGCAGAUGCCACGGCGAGCCAAGAAGCGCCGCAAGAUGGACGACGACCGCUACGAGGAAUACAUGGACUACGUAUUCCCAGCGGACGACCAGUCGUCGGCGAACCUCUCGCGUCUGUUGCAGAGAGCGCACCAGUGGAAGCAAGAACAGGGCCAGGCAUAA